UAAAGAUCUUAGUUAAUAAUAGUUGUACUAAAAAAUAUAUAAUAAUUAUGAAAAUGUUGUUAAUGUCCCCGAAAAUUAUUAUAACAAUAUUGUCGAGUUUAACAUUAAUUAAUAAUUCAAUGCAAGUAUGCUAUGACAACAUCGGAUGCUUUAGUAAAGACGGUCCUAUGAAACAAACGGGAUUAUUGCCGGCCUCUCCUAACUAUAUCAACACUAAAUUCUAUGCCUACACGAGUCAGACACCACAAGUUGGACUGGAGGUCGAUCCGUAUUCAUUGGACAGUCUGAAUGUUAUCAAUGUUGAUAAACCAAUUGUUUUUGUUAUUCACGGCUAUGGCAACAGCGGUAGGUCUAAGGAAUUGGUUCAGCUUAAAGACUCGCUUCAAUUUUUCGGUCAAAUUGAAACAGUUGUAAUGGUUGACUGGGAAAAAGGGGCCGAACUGAUCACAUACGACAAAGCGGCCACUAAUACUCAAGUGGUCGGACGCCAAGUGGCUUACUUUGUUGAAACAUUACGUAAGUCACGAGGACUUGACCCUCAAACUGUUCAUCUGAUUGGUUUCAGUUUGGGUGCACACGUCUCAGGAUAUGCCGCCAAAUACUCAAAAUCACAAUACAAUUGGACUUUCGGUCGCAUUUCUGGCCUCGAUCCGGCACAACCAAAAUUUGAAGGCUAUCCCGGUUCUCAUCUAACCAAAGAUGACGCUAUAUUUGUUGAUGUUAUUCACACGAGUUCCGGCCAUUUUGAGGCAGUGGGUGAACUGGGUUUUAUUGGACCGAUUGGAGACAUUGACUUUUAUCCUAACAAUGGUAAACAUCAGCCACGCUGUGCCCUACAAUUAGAUCCCACGUGUAAUCACUACUCAUCCAUAUUUUAUUACGAAGCAUCGCUUAGCGGUGUUGAUCAAUGCCAGUGUACGGCAUACAAGUGCAACAAUUGGGAUGAACUCAUCAAAAAUAAAUGCAAUAAAAAGGAUGCCUCGCGUAUGGGUUUCUACAGCAUUACAAAACCUGGUCGUGGAGUAUACUAUCUUCAAGUAUCACAAAAUUAUCCGUUUUGUAAAAACUAA